CCGUCUAUAUUCAUUCAUAAUCCCAAACACUCGGGGAUUCUCUUCCCACAACCGAAACUCUUGUCUCUCUCUCAGCUCUUCUGUAUUAAUAUCCGAUUCUCUCUUCCUUUUAAAAAAUAUCACAAUUCCUUUUUUUCUAAACUCCUCCUAGGCUAGCUUCUUCUUCUUCCUCCUAAAAGGCUAAAAGAGACCGAAUACAUCAAAGAUGGUUUUGUGGGUGUUCGGAUAUGGAUCUUUGAUAUGGAACCCAGGUUUCGAUUUUGAUGAGAAAGUCAUUGGCUAUAUCAAAGACUACAAACGUGUCUUCGAUCUCGCGUGCAUUGAUCAUAGAGGCACGCCUGAACAUCCUGCAAGAACUUGCACGUUGGAGCAAUCCACGGGAGCAAAAUGCUGGGGUGCAGCUUAUUGUGUUCGUGGAGGACCAGAGAAGGAGAAGCUAGCGAUGGAGUAUUUGGAAGGAAGAGAAUGCGAAUACGACUCAAAAACCCUUGUUGAGUUUUACUCGGAAACUGACACCACCAAACCAAUCUUGACCGGAGUUAUAGUAUUCACGUCAACCCCAGACAAAGUAUCAAACAAAUACUACCUGGGCCCUGCUCCAUUGGAGGAGAUGGCGAUGCAAAUCGCUACAGCUUCUGGACCUUGCGGAAACAACCGGGAGUAUCUUUUCAAGCUGGAGAAAGCAAUGCACGACAUAGAGCACGAGGAUGAGUAUGUGAUUGAACUGGCAAAUGAGGUUAGGAAACAUCUCGACUUAACAAAGGAAGUCAAGGCAUUGUUGAACCCUGUGGUUUCUCCUGUAUCCAUCAAACCUCAGUCUCAAGCUCAUGUUUCCACUCUCCAACGGGUCUUUGCAUCAUGAGAGAUAAGCAAAGUCAUUGAGCCAACUAACACGUUGAUGAAUAAAUUUUACGGAUGUUACUCUUAUGGUUCCACUUCUAUUUUUUUUUGUCACAUUUUAGCUUUCAAAAGUUUGAAUUCAGAAUACAGACCUUUAGAUAUUUUUACUCUUGUCGCCAGUGAGCAUUUAUAACACCAUGAUAUUUAAUUGUUGAGAAUAACUCGAAUCUUUUGCCUC